GCCAGCACUCUGGGGUGCUCACGAACCAACCUGGGUACCAGCGCCUCCUCCCCCACCUCCGAGUCGGACAACCAUGCACUUUUAGAUGAGAAGGAAGAUUCCUACUUCUCUGAGAUCCGAAACUUCAUUGCCAACAGUGAGAUGAACCAGGCAUCUACUCGGAUGGACAAACGGCCUGAGAUCCAAGACCUGGACAGCAACCCCCCGUGUCCAGGCUCAGCCAGUGCCAAGCCAGAGGAUGUAGAGGAGGAGGAAGAGGAAGACCUGGAGGAAGAGGAUGAUGACAGCUUAGCUGGGAAGUCACAGGAGGACACCGUGUCCCCCACACCUGAGCCUCAAGGAGUCUAUGAGGAUGAGGAGGAUGAGGAACCACCCAACUCCCUAACCAUGGGCUUCGACCAUACUCGAAGGUGUGUUGAGGAGCGAGGAGGCGGUCUGUUAGCUUUGGAGCCGACGCCAACCUUUGGGAAGGGGCUGGAUCUCCGCAGAGCAGCUGAGGAAGCAUUUGAAGUUAAAGAUGUGCUUAAUUCCACCUUAGAUUCUGAGGCUUUAAAACAAACCCUGUACAGGCAGGCUAAGAACCAGGCAUAUGCAAUGAUGCUGUCCCUCUCUGAGGACACUCCUCUCCACGCCCCCUCCCAGAGCUCACUGGAUGCUUGGUUAAACAUCACAGGAGCCUCAUCAGAGUCUGGAGCCUUUAACCCCAUCAACCACCUCUGAGGUCCUGGAGGCCCCAGGGCCGGAGUCCAAAGCCAGGUUACCAGCUGCGGGAGAUGGAAAAGGGGCCAGGGAGAAGCUCCUGACACCUUCAUUUUGCCUCACCUCCACUUCCAGCCCCACCCACCACGGCUCAAGUCCAGCUUCUCCAAUGAAACUCAGAACCUGAAGGUCCCUCGAGUAGCCACUGACCUUCACCACCUCUCAGAACUGGCCUCAAGGACAUGAUCUGCAGUGGUGCAGUGCAUGCCCACACAGGAGCUGCUCACCGUAGCUGCCUAUCAGAUAACUAGUGGGCAGGGGUGGGAUCUCCAUCCCAACAGGAGCCAGUUGGCCACAUCUGGGCAGCUGCAUGGUAUGAAGGAGGGGAAUGGAAACAAGUGGGCAUGUGCUACGGAGAGAGACCUCACAAAUGAUUUUUAUAAUGAAAAUUACACAAGUAACCCUUUUGGUAAUCUUAUUGACUAUAGAGUCUAUUUAAGCAUGUGGGGUUUUAAAAAUAGACAGUAUUUUUUAAAAAAUCAAAAAUGACUUGCAAAAUGUUUUUUAAAAGUAAUUUUGCAUUGCUUUGAAAAUUCAGCUUAUUGGCAAACCCACACCUGCCAGGACAUGGAGCACUGCUCGGGUGUGCCCUUUAUAAUGUAGAUAAUGGAGAAUUUUCUAUCCCCGACCCUGUUUGUACAAGCCAAGGUGAUUCUGGGUGUCCCUGACACAGGAUAAGGGGCAUGGAGCCAUCUGAAUAGCAUGCUGACUACACAGGAAUUUUUGGUCACAGUGCCUGGCUGCAGGUUUGUGGAGGCCAGGUCAGGGAGGUUGUCUUGCCCCAUGUGGCCUGCAGAGGAAUCCACCGGUCCCCACCCAAGACCCCCCAAUUGUAUGGGGAAGUCGGGAGCCGGUGGCUCAGGUCUUCCAUGCUGGACACCUGAUGGUCUUUCCCCUUCAGCAGCCCCAGCGCUGGUCCUGACCGCUGCUCUUCUGAAGGUCGGGCUCUGGGCCAUGUCUCCAGUCUCCAGCCUCCAGCCUUCCACUCUCCCCAACCCUGGCAGUCGGAUGUCCUCCCCAUGGCCACUAAGCAUGGGGAGCCUACCUACCUGCUCCACCGCUCCAGGACGCCAAGCACUACCUGUGCCUAAGACUCCAGCUCAACCACAUAGCCGCCACGUCUGCUCUUUGUGUGGGGUUCUGGUGAGAUGCGGUCAGGAACAAAAGGAGGAUCCAGGGGGCCUGCCACUCAAAGAGCAGAAACAACACAGCCCCAGGACCAGAUGCCUAGCUCCUUUGGGACGGUCAUGAUGUGUCUACUUCUCUGCUUGGAUGGGCUUUAAAUUAUUCCCACAGGGGCCAACUUCAAAUAAUUUCUUUCUCUGAUGGAAUUUACCUUAAUCUGUAUAUAACUUGUAAUUUUUCUAAUUCAUUUCUUUCCUUAUUUUAUUUCUUCCUUAACAGUAUUUUUGGCAUUGGACAACUUAUUCUGAAGAAAUGAUGUUAAUAUAAGUAUGUAGUGAAGGACCAAAACCAUGUGACAUGGUUGUGUGCUGUGUGAUCGGUAACCAGGGAGUGGGGCGGUUGUUAAUGUGCCAAAUACCCCUGCGUCCCUCCCUCGAGGAGUCUUGCGGUCACCGCUGCCCAUUUACCAGACAAUCAUAUGAUUUUGUUAAAUUUGAGUUUUUAAGCAAGUGUUCUAUUUAUUUUAUCGUUUUGAAGGAAAAAAAAUAAUGAGUAUCCCAACAAGAAAAGGGGAGGGAAUCCUUCCUGGAUUGCCCUUUAAAAAAAAUGAGAGGUAGUGUCAACAGCCACAGUGCAAGUGUGUCACACUACGGGCGUGUCAGUGAUUCCCCCUGGGAGCAACAUGAACAUCCAAGCAGGUAUGUUUCGUGAAUGCUGUGGCUGUUCUGGGGCAAAGACAAUCAUCUCUUCUGAUGCUGAGUAGUCCAGGCUGGGCUGGAGACUUGAUGGGGACAUCCCUGAAGACACCACUACCCUGCAGGUUCCAGUGAAUCCCAGUGACGUCAGACGGAAUAGUCCUGUGUGUGUGCCCAGGAGUACAUUCGUGUAUGCAGACUGGGGCGGCGGGGACCCUCUUCAGAGGAACUUGCCAUGGUCGGGGUUGUAAGGAUUUGUGGACCCAACUGCUCACACUUCUCACAGGUUCAUGACAUCCUCUUAGUGAUGGGCUAGGGCCUCGGCUUAGGGAUUUCAGGUUCCUCUAGGUGGGAGCUAGAUGGGAUCCCUGUAAAAGUUCAAUCUCAGAUAAAUGGAUCCCACAUUUGUAAACCCCAAAUUAUAUGCUUUCUUCUGAGAAAGAGCAAGAUGCGUACUUUUUUUUCUGUGAUGUGACUUUCUCUCUCCAAAGUGGGGGAGUCUGUCUGGAUAGAGACUUCUAUGAAACUUUUGGACAGCAGCAGAGCAGUUAAAGGCUUUCCUUUUUGUCCUCUUUGGUACUCCCGACCCCUGUCCUCUCACCCUUCUUUCUCCUUCUCAAGAGUCCCAGCUUUGCUAAGUCAUAUGCUUUGCCCACUCCACCCCCAAAAAAGUGAUGGUAGCAAACCCAGGUUCUCUUGAACGGUCAACCCUUGGGCCCAGCACUUGGAAUUUGGAGGGCUCUGUCCUUACCCCCCCCCCCAACAAAGACAGCACUUAUCCCCAACUUAUCUGCACUUACCUGCACUGUAUCCCCAACAUGCUGCCUCCAUACUGCAUUGCCCCCAAACAGUGAGCUCUUCCUACCUGGUAUCUCUGCACUUCUUGCAGUACCCAGCUGGCUCAAGCCAAGCAUCAGGCACAGGAGACCCUCUCAGGGUCAGGGAGCUGGACUAGGUGUGUGUUCUAAGAGCCUGGCUGCUGGAGAACCAAACCAUACUGUGUUGCCUGUUGCCAUGCAGCAUAGAAUGUCAGGACAAGUGUCCAGCCAGGACGGUUUCCCUAAUGUUAUACUUCCAGUUCUUGUUACUUGCCUCCCAAAAUAGAAAUUCCUAAGAAAGCCUCCUAGUUUGUAUUCCUCCAGGCCCCAUUCUCCCUGUUACUGCUGCCUUUCCUAGGAGGAAGAUCAGGUAGGAAACAGGGCUUCACCAUCCUGCAGGCAAGGUGGAUCCUACCUGAGUAAGACCAGAGCAUCCCUGUGCAAACCCAGUAAUGGGUAAGCACAGCAUGGCUGAGCCUGCCCAGCCUCAGGGGCCCUACUUUCCAAGACCAGGAGAGCAGAUGAUCUAUCCAGACCCUGACUGACCCAUCCCCUCUGCCUCUCAGAAUCCAGACUCAGCCAUUGGCUUCCUCUGCCUCAUCUGCUUCCCCAGUGAGUGUUUGUGAAGCACUUGCUUAAAUACAUAUCACGUGUUUUAGACGCGAAGCUCAAAGCACUGGAUUAUGGUCCCUAUCCUGUCCCCACCCCCACCCCACCCCCACCCCGUCUCCCUGCCCAAGUGACUGAAACCUACUGAGCGGUUCACUGUGCUGUUCCAGGUAGGGAAGAGGAGGCCCCCUGUGCUACUGCUAGGACAGGAGGGUGGGGAACCUGGGAUGGACGGCACUCCCUCUUGCCAGCGGAUGCUGGGACACUCCUGUCCACAGAGAUCAGCAGGGUAUCAAAAGCCAUGAAAACUGUCUCUGUAGCCUUGAGCGAUACUGUGACAAGACAUUAUUGCAUUAUUCCCAGAUAAGUUCUUUUCUCCAUUCCAGUCAUUGUUUAAUUUCUGUCACCAAUUCAUAUCACCACUUCCAGGAGGGAAAAGGUUGAGUCCAGAAAGGCAGCUUGAAUUUCUAGAUGUGUGAUUCACUUGCAAACGGAGGAAGCUGGGGAUUUUCUUUGGUGCCUCCAGCAACACCGCUACUCUCUUCAGCAUGGGUGAAGCGGGCCCUGGUGUCAGAAUAUGUAACUUAAAGCCUGUGCGUGUGCAUGUGCACAAACGUGUGUGUGUGUGUGUGUGCGCGUGCAUGCAUGUGUGUGUCUGCGUUUGCGUGUGUGAGUGUGUGUGUGUGUACUUUGAACCAAUAGUAUAUAAAUAUAAAUAUAUAUAUAUAUAUCCCUGACACCUGCGAGAAUCUCGAACCUGUACGAGUGUUGCCAUUGUUACAUUCAGAUCUGAUUCAGUUUGUUUCUGUUUUUGUUUUGUUUUGUUUUUUUCCUUUUAGAACUAUAUAGUGUUGAGAAAGAAAUCAAAUGUAAAUGUCCGGUUUUCAUAUAAUGUUAAAAAAUUAAAAACCAUUGAGGAGGAGGCUGGUGUCUGCCUUGCCCCUUCCUUGUAAAUUGCUGUUGUGUUAAUAAGCUGUGCAUGGCUCGUGUUUAGCGGUCAUUAUUGUGUCUGUUUGUGAAAUUUUUAUUACGAGGAGAAUCCCGUAGAUGCACUUAUUGAAUAUGUGAUUAGGGUCUGAGUCAAGGCCAGGAGGCCCGAAAUGCCCAUGAAAAUGGACCACAGUUCCUGAUGACUAUGGAAACCGCCGUGGGAGAAUCAUGAAUUAAGAAGACACGACGUAGCGAAUAGUCAAAAGUGAUUUUUGCAGAUCUCAUUCUGAGGCUUGUGGCAAAGACAAACGUACUUGUGUAGAGAGUUCUGUAAGGUAAAAGCCAGGAGAGGCUGGCUUUGAGGUCAAUGCUGUAGAAUAGGACUGACUGGAUACCAAAUGUAAUCUUUCCAAUGCUACAAUGAAUUUAUACAUGAGAUUGAUAUGCAAUAAAUCUGUGUGUUUUUCUAAG